ACGAUCGCGUAAUAAUCGUUGUAGAUGAUACUUCCGUAUGCCGCGACGGAAAUGUGCAUCAGACUUCUAGGGAACGCGAAGGAAAGCUUCUUAAUACAAGAUCAUCCAGGACAUGUUUCACUUUGGAAUGCGAUCACGGAGGAAUUCGAACAGCUCGAGGCGCUAAAAUCGAACGAUACUGCUUUCUGUAGCGUUAACGUAGUGAACGAUUUGCGCGGAAAGACCCUCAUCGUUGCCACGGAACCUAUGCAUCCGUACAUCAUCAUAAAUGAUAACAACAACGAGGUCACAGGAUUUAUAGGAGACAUUUGGACGAUCUUAGAAGAAACUUUAAAGUUCAAAACGAUUUAUCGAAAAGUGAGCGAGCCGUUCAUCGCGACGAAUGAAAUGAUGAAUGGAGAUACUCACGCACUACUGAUGCCCAUGACGAUGUACAUGCAUACCAUGAGCUAUUAUACCUACAGUACGCCGUUCACGACCAAUUCAUAUGCUCUAUUUGUUCAAUCAGAAGGUGUGAUUGACACAAAAUGGUGGUACGUUAACAUCUUUAGCCGCAGCUUAUGGCUGGCAUAUUUUAUAUUUAUCAUAUGCAUCGCAUGCAGCAUCUGGGGAAUAUAUCGCAUAAAGAAACUCGUGUAUAUCAACUAUGAGGAGUGCGAUGACGAGCUCGCCUCGUUGUCUUUUAAUUUUCUUCACGUCUUGUGUUUUCAAGGGUUUCAGAAAAUGCCGAGAAGUUUGUCUCUUCGAUUAAUAAUUUUGUGCUCCCUGGUGACGGGAAUGUUGAUGUCAUGCGGAUUCAGCAGCACUCUUACUUCUUGCCUAAUGAAUAAAGAAAACUCCGUUUCCCUGACUAAUCUGGAAGACGUGGCGAAGAAAAAGACACACUCGCUUUGUAUUAGAAACGACAGCACCGCAUAUACCUAUUUUACGAUGGAUAAAUUGCUAGAAAGCGACCUUCAGGCCGAAUGGGAAGAAUUGUUGAAUUAUGACUGCCCCAACAUGAGAGACAGCGAGAUUCUCGCUUCGGAAUUAUGCCGUCCAGGUUUCGCUUAUUUGGAGGUACCGGCCGUAUUUCUACCAAUUUAUCGCAGAGUUCAGCACGAGUGUGACAUCAUACAACUGCCUGACGAUUAUUGGAGUGUCAGACUGGCAUUUUUGCAUGGCAGGACGGCGCAACAUCGUAGACUCAUUGACAGAUAUUUAACACGUAUGCAUUCGGCUGGGAUAUUGAAUUAUCUUGAGAAGAAGUGGAUCACACAACAAAUUUAUAUCCAAUCCAAUUAUCAUCCAUCGAACAGUUUCCAAUCAGUCGAAUACAUGCAUAUUCGUUUAACUAAUUGGUUCUUCCUCAUGAUGAUGAUUAUCAGUGUAUUGAUCUGCAUUUUGGAGAACGUUUGGUAUAAACAGCACGCGCGGAAAUUCAAGAAGAAAAAUUCUAAUUUGAUAUUGCUGGGCACACGCGAUAACAAUUUAAACGUAAUGAAGACGUAUUAUGAAAUGAAAUCACGAUUCAAAUGGCGUCGGAAAUUUAACUUACAAUUGUUAUCUAGAAAUAUAAAAAAUCCAGAAUUUCUUCAGAACGUUACAAUACAAAUUAAUCGAUGGUAAAAAUGUAGUAUUUAUGGCAAUAAAUAUAUAAUAUAUCCAAGAAUGUCGAAAUCAACAAUAACAUCAAGUUUUUAACAAGUAAGAUAACCAUGACAUCAAUGUCUCAUCUUUAUUAGCUUUAGUGUUUUAAAAAUUAUAUGCACACAUGAUCAAAAUGUUAUGUCCAACAAUGCGCACACUGUCUUAUUAAUCAUUAAUUAUUAUUAUUUUUACGCAUAUUUUUCUAAUAAAUUCAAUUUAGAUGAAAAUCUGUAGAAAAAGACUACUUAGAAAUAUUCAUUAGAGAAUGUUGUAAUACGAAUAAAUAUUUUUCUGAAACGUUACAUCACACUGAUUUAGAAGAAAAUAAAUAAUGCAAAGGAUGUAAUUAGAGUAUAAUGCCAGCAGUGAGCGUGAAGAUUUGCUCCGUUUCUUUAAUUUUAAUUUAAUAAUAAUAAUAAUAAUAUGUAUAUAAGCAUAGUACAUAAUAUACAAUACAGAAAAAUAAUCAUGGCGAACAUCGUCAUCGAUCGAUACACUCUUUCUGCGUUACGUAAAACCACGCGCGAAUUGUAUCUUAAAAUACAACGCGCAACAAUAUCUUAUAACCGCAGAAACGACGUGCUCCUCUCAUUGUUACAAGACAUUAUUCACAAUUAUAAACAACAGACAUUUACAAAUGCAUUAUGCAUCGGCGUCAUAUAUUUAAGGCCUAUAUGGAUCUUACAAUUGUAAUUAAAGAAACUUUGGCUUCUCUUUACGUGGUACUUUGCCACCUAUGACCCUCCAACAAGGGGAUGCGGAAGCGAGAGAGCGAGAACGGGAGAAUUACGGCAAGGAAUCGUAGAUUCGAAUGCACCGCAGUUUCAGUGUUUCCCCGCUUCCGCAUUUGGAUCGUCGAUUUUUCAAAUCUGACGAGCUUAAUGCUAAUACCCUAGAUUUAAUCCUAGAUAUAUCCAACGGACCUCUAUAGUAUCUCUCUAUCUUACGAGACACCACACUCCCCUCGAGCAUAAAAAUGUAUUAGUACGUUUGAUUAUUUUCUGCCUAAAGAUUUUCUUCUUAAAGAUCCCGACAAACUAAAUUCCUCUGAUCUCCUUAUUGCUCAAUAAGAAAAAUAAAAAGAGAAAUGUAUUUAUGACAUUUGUGAUUCAGUAAUGAUUGUAUGGAAUCGUAUAGGGUUCGUGGACUCUUCUAGGAUUAACAUUACAACAUUCCGUCGAGAAUAACGUAUUUUCUCAAUGUUUGAUGGCGCAACUUAAAACGAAGUUAAGCGUAAUCGUGUUUAAUUAGUGUUGUCGAUAUUCUUCUUUCCGCUCUGUUGCGGUUCGUAUGAAUGUCGCGAUAAUUAUUGGGAUCGCAAGACCUUAAAUAAAUUGGUUACGUGCAUGGAUAAUAAGUGUACCUUAUUCAAUAUACAAUAAAAGAUUUGACUACCUAUAAUACUCUGUUUCACGUAUGAAAUGAUGCUGCGUGGACUUGUAUUUUCACUCUGCAAUAAAAAAGGUCAGAUUUUGAUUGGCAUCUCUUUUGAAAUGUGCAAGACUCACUCGAGCUGCAAUAUUCGUAUUAUGUUCACAGCAAUAAUUGGAGCCAAUGACUGAGCAAAUAUAGUAACAAGAAUGAAAGAUUUACAACAAAACUUUAGCAUUUUGAAUGAACUCCGGAUCAUGGCUGGUUAUUGCGUUGAGAUUUUCAUUUUCUAUUAAAUUACAAAAAGGAAAUUAAUGCUAACAAGCAAAGGUCUACGCCAUCCUUGUGACAGAUGCAUAAGCUUCUCGAUAGAAAUCACAUUAUUUACAAAUAUGCCGUAUAAUCUUUAUCAAUAAAAUAUUAAAAACUUCUGCAUACAAUUAUACAAUACUUUAAUAUUAUAAUACAAGUCGAAACAAAGAGAAAGUACAUAUAGAAUUAUACUUUGAUUCUGUGUAGGCAUAAGCUCAAACAACGUCUCGUAAACAAUACUUAUGCAAGUACAGCUGAUAGUAUCACAUCUCGU